CAUAUUGUAACAAAUUAGGAUGCCCCUAAGAACAGUUUGUCUUUUCUUUCAUUUCGCCCCCAUCAGAAGUCCAUAAUCCAAAGAAGUGAUGAGCCAUGGGACUACGUGUGCCAAGUAGCCUAUAACACAGUAGCGAAAAGUCUUUGAAUUUUGGUACAUCUUCAAGAGAGAACAAGGGCUCGUUGUGGAGUGUGAAUGAGACAAACAUCUUUCCGCUUGUCGGGCACCCGCACAGCCAGCUGCUCGCUCUAUCAUGCGCGCGAACACACGGCCAUUCCUACGCUAAAUAUUGAAGCGAAUUAUAGCCCUUGUCAUCAUCGCAAAGUUGAAUUAAAAUCUUUUUUUUUUAAGCGAGGAGCGAAUCUACAGAGAGAUUCUAUGCAGUGGUUGGAAAAGAAGCUGUACACGGUUUUGAGGUGCUGAUGCGGCCCUGAGAAGAAACGAUGGCGACGGGGAGGUGGCUGCUCUAUACUGGCCUCUGUCUCUCACUGGUCGCCUUGUUUAUGCUGACAGUGGCUGUCAGUUCCAACCAUUGGUACGAAACCGAUGCGAGGAGAUAUAAGGAGCGCUGUCGAACUUUCACAGGUCGCAGGAAUGACCCGGGGUUCAUUUCCAUCCCGAACCCCAGCCUCCCGCUGCGCGCCAGCCGAGGCAGGCUCGACCGCCUUGAAGACAGACCAGCCCUAGUUCGAAACAGGCGCCAGGUAUUUGCUAUGAGCGCGGCGGAUGAAUGCGGUCGGCGUUAUAAUUCCACCAACAUGGGUCUCUGGAGCAAAUGUUACCGACUCGGAUUUGACCAAGACAUCGAGGUCCUCAUUCAGAAAGGAUACAUCCAGCGAUGCUCCUUCAUCAGGUACUACUAUUCUUCCUCCACCUCCUCACGGAAGGACCUGUCCUACAACAUCACCAAGAUUAUACAGCAAGAUGACUGGCAUGCUUUGCACCUGCGGCGUAUGACUGCAGGCUUCAUGGGCAUGGCCCUGUCCAUCAUCCUCUUCGGCUGGACCAUCGGUGUGCUGGGCUGCUGCUGGCACCAGGGCCUCAUGCACUAUGUGGCGGGUCUGCUCUUCCUCAUGGGAGGGACGUUCUGCAUCAUCUCUCUGUGCACCUGUGUCGCUGGCAUCAACUUCGAGCUCUCACGCUACCCCCGCUACCUGUUCAGCCUCCCGGACGACAUCGGACACGGCUACGGCUGGUCCAUGUUCUGUGCCUGGGGAGGCCUGGGCCUGACGCUGAUCGCCGGCUUCUUCUGCACGCUGGCCCCGUCCAUUCAGCCCCCGCCACCCCGCUCACGCUGCCCCAAGCCUCGGCCGGAGAACGGAACGCUCUGCUGAGAGCUCCAAGCCUCGGCCGGAGAACGGAACGCUCUGCUGAGAGGGCGUGCAAGGGGAGAGGAGACAUUUUGUGUCUCGCCGUUGGAGAGAAGCUUGUUUGGACCUUGUGCAGACAGCCAGAUGCAAGCUCUUGAUUAGGAAGAAUGAAGACUGAAUUGGGCUCAGACUUGAUUCAUUUAUCCUUGUGACUGAUGUGCACAAAAAAAACAUCACUGAACAAAACUAUUUCACCUGCUCGGCCCUCGGGGGCGCCCCAGCCCCGUGUGUGAAGGACAAACUGCUCUGCGUAUAACAGGCCGAACUGCAGAUAUGAUCUUUGCACGUACGCAGUGGAAGUGCUGUACUAUAGUGUGUUCUCUUCAGUGUGUUGUACUUCCUGUUUGCCUACAUGUGUGUGACCGAAAACAAAAAAAAGAAAACUGUUGUCUGUCUCAAGUCUGCCAGACGUUCAUGUGUAACUGACAAAAGAUAUGGAGACGGUCAAAUCAGUCACAACCGAGCAUCCUCAUCCAGUCAUUACCACAACACACAUGCAUUCCAUUAGAUAAUAAAAUUUGUUAUAGAAAAAAUACAUAAUUUGU